CUGUUCGGCCGGUGGUCAUCCGGAGAGUCGUCCGCCAGAUACGAUGGCCGCCGGAACACCCGCUACGCCUCUGCUCGGCGCCGUCCUCUUGGUUGCCGCGGCGAUGUUGGGACAGCCGGGCGCCGGCUUUCCUGUGGAGCUGCCGGCCACCAACCGCUCUCUGGAGCUGGGCGAUUGCUCCUGGGUGGAGGAGGGCUCGCGGGGACACCUGGGAACCGUGGUGUCGCGUUGCUCGGUGCCGAACGCGCGCCUCUCCACGCAUGUCACUCUCAGGACCACGCAGGUGGUGUACGCGGGUGAGGCCCCCACGUGCACGAUCAGCUGCGUGCGCGCCCUGGACCAGCUAGCGGAGACGGCGCAGCUGAACGUGACGCUGACAGGCGGCGGGCCCGGGCACACGUUCGUGUCGCUGGAGGUGCGCGCGCCCGUCGGAUACGGCUACUUCUUCACCGUGGACGCCUUCCUCAACUGCACGGGCGGAGUCGUGCCCGCGCUGCGGCAGACCUACCUGCCGGCGCCCUCCGACGUCGACGUCACCGGUGCGGGGGCGUCCGCCCCCUCCUGCUGGCCCUGCGCCGGCGGCUCCUGGUACUGACCACUCACCGUCCGAGCUAGUCCCAGUGAAAUUCGCCCCGCCGUGUGGCAAUGUCGCCGUGUGUAACAAUUCAACUCCUUGGCCAACUACAGCAGUGGCUCGAACUUUGAUAUUUUACACAUUACGGAAUUUUUAUUCAGAGACCUCGUCCUGCUGUCUUUCAAAAGACAGACUUGGUGUUACACUAACGAGGACGGGUCCAGCAAGAGCAUAAUGAAAGUAGUAGGCGUUCGAGAAUAUUUUGUUAUAAUUAUUCAUUGCCAGUUUCAAAUUUACACUUACCAAAGAAGAGUAAUAUAGUUUGGCGAAUAAUAGUAAAUAUACUCGGCAUGUUACUUGCUGAAGAAGAAACAUCUUUUUGUUUGACAGGGCUGUAAACAUGACUAAAUUUUGUACCGUAUGUAUUCGGCAUGGUCGAGACAUACCAGUGUCAAAGUAUUUUCUACCCAUGUUACUCAGUAUUACAAUUUUCAGCAUUACCGUCAUCUCUAAUUUCAUUAUCAAUUUAUUGUCAAUCGGGUUCGGCGCUACACGUCAUCUAGAUCUCACAACACAUAUUGACUGAAUUUUCUCGAACGACAUCCAUCAGAAACCCCACGUGAAAAUAAGCGGCGUUCGGGAAAAUUCAUCCACUAUGUAUUUAGAGGGCCUGAUGAUGAAGAAGUGACCGUCGAAACAAGUUGUCAGUAAAUUGAUAAUGAAAUUAUAGCUAACGGUAGCGCUGAAAAUUGUAAUAUUCCUAUGGGCUGUGGUCCUCUCUUCAUAUUUAGCAAGGAUAGAUAUGCGGAAAUUGCUCGAUACUCAGUGUCAUCAAGUAUGAAUGGUUUUUUGAAAUGUGUUGUGGACCCUUCUCUGCCUGAUGUAUGACUGUGGACGCAAAUCAUACUUUGCUUUUUUAACUGGCGCUUCAUUUUCAAAAAUAAAUAAAUCAACAAAUAUUAUAAAAACGUGUGUGUGUGUGUGUAUAUUCCACACCUUCUCCUAAACCAUUGGUCCGAUUUCAACCAAACUUGGUACACAUAUCCCUUACUGUCAGGCAACAAUCGCUUUGGCGAUAAAAACUACCUACCUAUCAUAGUCCACAUGACGGGACAUGAUAAACACUGGCAUGCGUGAAACAUUGUCGCAUUGUGCAGGACAUUUAAAUUUCUUACUUCUGUGCUACUUUAUUCGCAACAUGUUUCAUAGACAGUAUUCACAUAUACCACUAAAUGUACCUACACAAAUAUAUCAUUAUACGACUCAUAGUUCAAGAGAUAUGACGUCAACACACUGAGAUUCGUGAAAAAACGCCGCAUCGUGCAUGAAAUUUUAAUACAUCUAUUUUUUGCUACGAAGACACUCCUACGGUCGAGUCAACUUACGGAAAUCCCUGACAACUGGCAGCGCUUUUGACAGCUUUCGACUGCGAAGUGCAAAUGGCUUUAGGCGAAAUAGCCGUCUAUAGAGCUUUAAAGAGGCGUUGUCAUAGAGACGUUUACAAAACCGCGUUGUAGAAACGAGAAGCUGUUGCGCCCCUUCCACUUCAAGAGACUGCGGUUUCCCGAGACAUUGCCAUUACAGUUACAUCUGACAGGGGCAGUAUGUUAAAUAUUGUGAAAUGGACCUGACAUCACCAUGUUUUCAUCAUGGACAACUUUAUGUCGCUUGUUCAAGGUUGAGCUCACCGAAGCAUUUAUUCGUCGUAGCUCCUGGACAUGUAACUAGAAACAUUGCUUAUAAUCAGUUUCUGGGUUAAAUAAAAAUUACAAAAAAUUUCUAUUUUACAUACUAUGUUUCUUAAAUUCGAUUACAUUUGUACAUUAUGCGUAUUUCUUUACACACCUAUUUCAUAAUUUCAAAGGUGUUCGUCCGAACACAUAGAAAUGAAAUUUCUUCGAAAUUACGCUUCAAAAACAGUUCUUUUUUAUUUUCGUUUCUAAUUGAAAUUUGGUAAAGUGAGUAACCGGCCAAUGCCAGGUUUGUCAGGUGGUAAAUAAAAAUAGAAAACUUCUAACCUGUGCUGUUUUUGCUGUAUGUGAUGAUUACUCUGCACACUGUGAGAAAAUGUGCUAAAUAAUCUGUAAUGUUUACUUAUAUAGAUAGUAUAUCGAGUCUCUGUGAAAUAGAAUAUUUCGUUACCGCAAUUGAGCGUUACAGUCGACCUGUACAGUUUAUAAGAAACGUGGGUAGGUCGAAUUAAUUCAUAACGGAGACACAAAGCUCCCACUGGAGUUACGCCAUGUACUACGUGUGCGAAAAGUAUCUGGGAAUAGGGAAUUGGAGGCUUACGAGUAGUGCCGACUCGGCCCGAGUGGGACUAGAGCUGCACUGGGGAAAAACUACACGGCGAGUGAAAAAAUGUGACAUAAUAGCUCAUGCUGCCCAGUGGCUCACAAUGUCCUUUAAUACUCGUUAACACAUGCAGUAAGGAACUUAUUGAAAGUUUCUGCCCUUAUUCUCUCUCUCUCUCUCUCUCUCUCUCUCUCUCUCUCUCUCUCUCUCUCUCUCUCACACACACACACACACACACACACACACACACACACACACACACACACAAUAUUGGACGCUUAC